UCUCUCUCUUCCGAACAAGCUAACAAAAGAAAAUCCUCUUUCAUAAGUCAAUGUCCCAGUUGGAUACUAUCCAUGAUAUAUGUCUUUGUGGGUGUGGUGUAUUGAACUCUGGCAUUCAGACUUUGUCUGAUUUUUCUGAGCAGCAGAUAAAGUACUGGGAAGGCAGACAUGUUGAGAAAGAGAGAAAGCAUUCUGUCCCAGCUUGACCAGACUAGUAGAGUCCAAUGAUGCUGUCCCACUGCUUUGCUGUCUUCUGGGAGGCUUUAUCUCUAAAGGUUCUUCUUCUGUUUCUUGCUACAUUUAUUCUUGUUGCUGACUACAUGAGACAAAGACGCCCAAAGGACUUUCCCCCAGGGCCUGUGCCUCUUCCUUUUCUGGGAAAUCUGCUUCAUUUUGAUAUCAGGAAGCCUCAUCUUUCUGUGCAAAAGCUCACAGAAAAAUAUGGCAAUGUCGUUGGCUUGCAGUUUGGAAACAUACGAGGUGUGUUUGUGAAUGGACUGCAGCUGGUGAAGGAAGCUCUCAUCCACCAGGGUGAAAACUUUCUAGACCGACCAAAAAUUCCUAUUAUCUAUGACCAUUUUCAGACAUUUGGACUGGUCAACUCUAAUGGAAUGAGUUGGAAACAACAGAGACGAUUUGCCUUGUCAACUCUAAGAAACUUUGGUUUGGGCAAAAAAAGUUUAGAAGAACGAAUACAGGAAGAGAUCAAGUUCCUCACUGAUGCCAUUGAAGAGGAGAAAGGGCAGCCCUUUGACCCUCACUAUCUUAUUAACAAUGCUGUUUCAAAUGUAAUCUGUUCAAUCACUUUUGGGGACCGCUUUGAUUACCAUGACAGUCAGUUCCAGAACUUACUACGUUUGCUGAACGAAGCGGGUCGAAUGCAGGCAAGCAUUUGGAGCCAGGUGUACAAUAUUUUCCCAGCUCUCAUGAAGCGCUUGCCAGGACCUUAUCAAACCAGUUUUAAAAAUUGGGAACACUUAAAAUCAUUUGUGAGAAAAAUAAUUGAAAAACAUCAAGAAGACCAAAAUCCACAGGAAGCAAGAGAUUUCAUUGAUGCUUAUCUAAAUGAAAUGGCCAAGGAGGAUGCUUCUUCUAGUUUUCAUAAGGAAAACCUCCUACAAUCAACACUAGAUUUGUUUUUUGCUGGAACAGAAACAACUUCUACAACCUUGCGCUGGGCUUUGCUGUACAUGGCUAUUUAUCCAGAAAUUCAGGGAAGAGUUCAGGCAGAAAUAGACUCUGUCAUUGGCCAGUCACGCCAGCCAGGAAUCGCUGACAGGGACAGCAUGCCUUACACCAAUGCAGUCAUUCAUGAAGUUCAAAGAAUAAGCACCGUCUUGCCUUUAAAUGUUCCUCGACUGACAACUGUUGACACAAGGCUGGCUGGGUUUCAUGUGCCCAAAGGUACGAUUUUGAUCGCCAACCUGACAUCAGUGCUUUUUGACAAAGAUGAAUGGGAAACCCCCAAUGUAUUUAAUCCUGACCAUUUCCUGGAGAAUGGUCAAUUCAAGAAGAAAGAAGCCUUCAUACCAUUUUCUGCAGGAAAGAGAGCUUGCCUUGGGGAGCAGAUGGCUAGAAUGGAACUUUUCCUUUUCUUCACUGCCCUGAUUCAGAAGUUCACUUUUCAAGCUCCUAAGGAUGUGAAGCUCAGCCUUGACUCCCAGAUGAGUCAUUUACUGAACCCAAAGCCAUACCAUAUAUGUGCCUUCUCUCGCUAAAGGAAAACCAUGCUGCUCUCAAAAUAAGUAGGGUUAGGUCUCCCCCCUUCAAUCUGCACUUAAUGGGAAGCAGCUGUUAUGAUGUACAGGGAGGCGUCUCUUUCCUUGUUGCGCAGGAAGUGGAGGGCUGCCAUUUUCACUCCCUCCCAUAAGAAAUAUCAGGCAUGACAAGCAGAAAAAGAAUCCCUGUUGCAGUUACCCUUGUGCUAGGGUCCUUUGCAUGGUGUGUGCGUUUGUGGAACAGCAACCAGCUGCUUCCCAAACAACAAGGGAACAAGCCCCUGUUGAUCACAGUGGCUGCUUCUCAGGAGUACAGAUUGGGGAACUUUCCCAGUCCCUAUGUAGCCUGCAGAGAUGUAUUCUGAUCUUUACUACAAAACUCAAGUCUUUAUCCUCAAGUCUCAAGUCCUUGCAAGAUACUUUCAAGUCAAGUCUCAAGUUGUGUCUCAAAUCUGGAAGCCAACUUUAACAGAAAAAAGAAGGUUGUAGAGUAGGAGUGGGGAUGGAGGGUUGGUUAAGGAUGAAGGGGACAGGCUGAUGAGUAAAUAUCAAGCCCCGCCUCAGGCCCCACUUCAAGCCCUGAGCACAGCAUACCAUUUUUGGAAAAGAACAGCAAACAUGUUAGGCAAUGGGGGGCUUCCUGUAUAGCAAACUAAAAGUACUGCUUCCUUCUUGUGACUGGUAGGCAAAAAACGAUAGGAAGAAAAUGUUCUUCAGAAGUGGAAAACUAUUUUCCAUUUCAUACCAUUUGUGAAUGAAGUUAGGCUAGCAAGUCACUUGCUAAAAAUAUACUGUACAGUACAAGCCAUGAGUUGAGUCGAGUCACUGUGUGAUUUAUUGCAGAGACAAAUCCAAGUCAGGUGUUUCAAUCAACUUGAGUGUGAUCUGAGUCCAAAUCAAUUGACUCAAAUUUACAUCACUAGUAGCCCCUGAAUAAGGGGCACUGUAGGAACAUGAAUACAUAGCAAUCACAAGUUUCUAAUUCUGUGUUACACAUUAAUAAUUGUGCUUUUAAUGCUAUUGUAAGCCAUCCUGAGAUCUCUUGAUAUAUAGGGUGUAAAUAUUUAAAUAAAUAAAUAAAUGUAGGAUUCCAGCCAUUGUUUUUGUAUUUCCUUGUUAAACAAUAAUUAAAUAAUUUGUUGUUGUUAUUUUUAGAAUCAACGUGAGUACUAGUUUUUCUCUAAUAAAGUUAAUUGUUUAAAACCCCUUAAAUAUUAUUUGACUAGAACUUGAUUAGGUGCCCAACCUUAGCCGUCACAGGUCCACUAUUCUUGCAUCUCUUCUGUAAGACCAUAAUCAACCACUGUCUUCAUAAGUACUGUAAGUGUUUUUUUACACUAACCCUUACGCUCAACCUUAGGCUUGAGUUGUUAGAUACAUGUAUUCAGCUUGAAAAGUGUAUAGAUGGAUCAAUAAGUUCAAAGACUACAAAGUCAAUGCCAAAAGUUUUUUAUGUGAAUAUAAAGGAAUAUUUCUCGAACAAAGAAUAAAGUCAGUUUUACAAU